AUGGGUGCCGUUCUUAAGCCGCCGAAAGGCCAUUUCAACAUCCUCUACUUCGCAAGUGCAAGUUCUUUCACCUCGAAAGAAUUCGAUACAUUACCUGCACCACUUUCUCUACAGAAAUUGUUCGAUGUGUUAGAAGAGAAGUAUAGUGGUAUGAAAGACAAAGUUCUCAGUUCGUGCUUGGUGACAAUCAACCUUAAUUACGUCGACAUCCCAGAAUCUGCCGAUGAAUCUACCGAAACCCUGAUCAAGGAGGGUGACGAGGUCGCUAUUAUCCCCCCAGUCAGUUCUGGCUGA